UAAAUGUUACUAGUACUAUGGCUGCUGAGAUUGGCCUUCUCUCCUUGACCCAACUCCAAAAUUUACCUCAAUCUCACCAAAAUCAGUAUCAACAUCAACCGAACCCCAGUGAGACCCCUAGUUUCUGGAUGUGGAACCCUAAGCAGACUCAAGAAGAUGAUGACUCCUGGGAGGUUAGAGCCUUUGCCGAGGAUACAGGCAACAUCAACGGCACCACCUGGCCACCACGGUCUUACACUUGCACCUUUUGUAGAAGAGAAUUCCGGUCUGCUCAAGCCCUAGGCGGUCACAUGAAUGUGCACCGCCGUGACCGCGCUAGGCUCCACCAAACACAGCCUGGUUCAACCAAUCCUCACUCAUCGACUUCCAGUUCUUCCUCAUCCACUCUUAUAAUCCCGACCCAAGAAUUUCCCCCAAAUUCCGGGUUGUGCCUACUCUACCAAUUACCAAACCCUAAUGGGGUCUUCACUCCCACAAAUAUGACUGCAUGUUCUAUUGAUUCAUCUUCUACUCUUAUCUCUAUCACACCAUAUCCCCAUAACAACUUGGUAGGACCAUCUCUUAAUUUUCCGGUAGCACCACCUGAGAUAAGCACUUCUCAUUGUUACUCUAAUAUCAAAGCCGAGCCCUCGGCAUCCACUGAUCAUAGCAAUGGUAUCGAAAACAACAACUGCAAGGAGUUGGCAAACGAAGAACUUGAUCUAGAGCUCCGGCUAGGGCAUAGAUCAUCAUCAUAACAGAUAAGAAAGCUUCAGUAUUUUUUAGUGUUAUUUGUUUGAGUGCUAUGUCUGUCAACAAGAGUGCCCUUUAAUCUGAAGAAACAGUCUAUUUUCAUUGACUUGAGCGACAUUUUUUUUUUUCAAUUAAUCAAAAGUUCAUUAGAGGGUGUGAAA